UAGUCGUAUAUCUUUCAACAAUUUACAUUUUGACAUGUAAUUAACGUCAACGAAAACCAAAUUAAGUAACCCAAAAAUAUUUUAUAUUUCCUGUAGGUAACGCAUAUAUAACAUGCGUUUUGGUUUGAUCUUAUCUAUUUAAUUUACUGAAUUAUAGUGGGAAGAUGAUAUUAGGAUUGCUUGUGCUGGAUUUGCUAUUGACAAGUACUACGGAUGCUACUAUGCAUGAGCCGGGGUUCAGCGCGCCCAUAGCAAACGUGACCGCGCCGUUGGGCCGGGAGGCCAUCCUGGCCUGCACAGUGCACAACCUUUCUACCUACAAGGUUGCCUGGCUGCGGGUGGAUACGCAGACAAUCCUCACAAUUCACAAACAAGUAAUUUCGAGAAGUCGGCGAGUAGGCGUGACUCAUAGCGACCAUAGGACUUGGUUUCUACACAUCAGAGAACUGCGGGAGACUGACAGAGGAUGGUACAUGUGUCAGAUCAACACUGAUCCUAUGAAAAGUCAACUUGGAUACUUAGAUGUUGUCGUGCCGCCUGAUAUACUGGAUCGUGGUACCAGCACGGAUCAGACAGUACGUGAAGGUUCCUCGAUAAGUCUAACUUGCGCCGCUACUGGCUCGCCGCAUCCACAAAUCACGUGGCGAAGGGAACAUUCAAAGACUAUUAGCGUCUCAGACGAAAUUCAAGUGACAUCACUAGAGGGUCCGGUAUUAAAUAUCAGUCGGGUAAACAGACAGCAUGCCGGAGCUUAUCUAUGUAUAGCGUCGAAUGGCGUGCCACCCACUGUAAGCAAGCGUAUUAUGCUUACUGUUGAGUUUCCGCCUGUGAUUUCAAUAAAGAAUCAGCUGGUUGGCGCGGCACUAGGCACGGACUUGGUGUUGGAAUGCGAAAUUCAGGCCUACCCGAAGGCAGUUAGUUACUGGAGCAGGGAGAGUGGAGAGAUACUUCCUGUGGGUGGUGGAUUGGAGCCGCAGAAGAUCGAUGGGGCGUAUCGAUCAGUGUUACGUCUCGCCAUACGAAGGGUCGCGGAUUCCGAUUACGGAACCUACAAAUGUGUCUCAAAAAAUUCGCUUGGUGACACAGAUGGCACUAUAAAGUUAUAUCCUAUGCCACUUCCGCCGAUGGAAAACAGAAAUGUUGUACAGAGGCUAAAUAUCGUGGCAGAUAAAUCAUCGGAGAGUACGCCAUUCGGCACCCAGGAUUUCAGGUUACAAGAUUACAACAGGGCGGUCUCGCAGGAUCAGUUCUGUUACGGUUUUUUGUUAUCAUUAGUAAUUUUAAUCAAGAUAAUGUCAUCUUGAGGGCGUUAUUUCUGUUGAAAAAAUAAUAAAUUCAUUAUAUGUGGCUGUACAGUGCUAUCUAAAUGAUCAGUGCUAGAUGCAAAUAUUGCUUUUAUAUUUUGUGUUAUGUAUAAACUAUUUAAUUGUACAGAUAUAAUUUCUUAUUUUGUUUAUGGAAAAAAAACGUAUUCAAUUCAACAUCGCUUAAACUAUUAAAUUAUUAACUGCAUUUUCAAUAAACUAUCCCAAUCUCAAUCUUCAUUCCAAUUUCGAGAAUGAACCAAUCAAAAUAAAUCAUUUAUAAGAAUGUCACAAAAUCUUUGCUCAGAUUGGCCAGUUUUUGAUAUAGGUUCGAAGACAACGAAUGGGAUCGUUUUUUGAAAAUGGCGGUUAUUCAGAUGUCAUUACAUAAAAUUAUGCAACUUUCUGGUUCCGCUGUUAUCGAGAUUGAUCAUAAUAAUAUGGUUUUAUUUGCCUGUAAAUAAUUUAUGUAAUACUCUAGGCGCGGAUGCUAAUUUUAAUACUCAAUUUACCUAAUCAACAUAUCGAAUAGACAGUUGAGCUUAAAUUAAGCAUGUUAUAGAACUAAUUUGAGUCACAAGUGCAAGUCAAUAGAAUAAGUGCAAUUUAGUAUAUCUUCCUAGUAAUGUGACGCUGCAUUAGGAAAUACAUAAAAUAAUUAAGGUGUUAGGAAAAUGUAUAGAUUAAUGCUAAUAGUAACUAGGUUUUCUUGAUAAAUAUGAUGUACUUACCUAACUAUGGUGUAAAUUAGAUUAGAAUUUUAGAAACGUGUAAUUGAAAUGACAUAUCUAUUAGAUCUCUGAUACACCUAAGGUAACAAAAUGUAGAUAUUUAUAAAUCUAGAAUUAUUAAUAUCUAAAUAAGUUUAAUAAAGUAUUAAUAAAUAUAGACUGAGUUCUGAGAUAUUAAGCUUGUACAUAGUAUGUAUGUAUGUGACUAAGAAUUAUGUAGUAACAUCAAUAUAGAUUUGUACAUGCUUUUUAAGUUCCGGGAAAAUCUGCAAAUGGCAGUCAAUUAUAUCAACAUAAUGACGGGGAAAUAUCGAAUCAGUGGGCUUUCAUUGCUUUUGCAAAUAUAUUACCAGCACGGGAAUUAAUAUUGGUAACAUUUCAUGUUAUCUUUAACCUGUAUACUGCUUUUGUAGCUGACUAAUUAUUAUAAACGUUUAGAAAUGUAAUAUGAGUAUUCUCAUAAUGAGGCUUUUGUUAAACAAUAUUGUCGAUAAAACAAUUGCGGACCACUGUUGCUUCCCAAAAUAAAUUAAAUUGCAUCCA